AUGCCUCAGAAGCAGCGACCUCGUUGGGAACGCAAACAGCAAUCGUAUGCGAAUGUCGAGAUCGGGAACUUAAUUCCUUGCCUGGUCUGCAACGUCAAAUGCUUCAAAGCAAGAUACUCCCAGAACCAGCUGGCCAAAUAUCAAGAAGCCCUUGCGAAGGAGCUCCACGGCGGGCCCAAGGCCAAGCUCCCCCGCUGCAGGAACUGCACACCAGAGUCCACGGCCGAAUUGUUCUGCACUGGCUGUCGAUUGACCAAGGACUUGAGCUUCUUCUCCAAGCAGCAGCGAAAGAAACCGGAUGAAGCGGAGCUUGAGGAUCGUGUGCCUUCCCUCGACGCCGCCUUGGAGGAAGAACGCAUCAGAGACGAUGAAAUCCGCAGCAGGCACAUGUCAGGCUCUGUGAUCUCGGGCAUUGCUGGUUCCGUUGCCGGCUCCCAAUCUCAAUCGCAAGCACAGUCAGCUAGUUCCAGUGGAAUCUUCAUGCCUGACGACCGAGACUCUGCCUGGGGAGGUAACCGAGCAUCUGACCGUCCUACGUCGCCCACCAGCACUGAGCUUUCCAGCUCCCGCAGCGCUACCAGCUACACCACUUCCGUCGGUUCCAAUUCAGUUUCCAAGAACAGCUUCGCCAAAUCACCUGCAUACUACGCACCAGCAAAAGCACGAGUCAUGUACCAGCUUGAACGCGAGGAGAGGCAGAAGCAGGAAGCUCAGAUGGGCAAUAGAUAUGAUGAUUCUGAUGAUGAUGACGAAUGGGAAAUGUGA